UGUGAACGAAAUUAGUAGAUUCCUGUUUGUGGCCAAGCUAACAAACAUUCUCGCGGCACAGAUUCCCAGUUUACCCUGAUUAUAGAAGUCGUAGGCUCUCAUUGUGCUCGAAAUAAUUGCUUAUAUGAUCGAUGUUUCCUUUGUUAUUGUGGUUAGAAAGAAGACUUGUCUCUCUUUUCCGAGUUUUGGUUCUCCUAGCAACGUUCGAUGUGUCAAUUCGCUCAAGAUGUCAGCUUCAAGCAGGAUUUCCAGUUGAUAACAAUCAAGAGGACAGUAGUUUGACUAGAAGUACUCUGCCCAGAAAAAUAGAAGACUUCAUCAAGACUCGUGAGAAACGAGAGAUAAAUGUAGUCUCAAACACAACAAUACAGGACUAUCACGCUUACUAUGCUGUUGAGAUCCUGCAUGAGGGACGGCACUUGUGGUCUGAUCUCAGUGAGAGGGCAGAAACUGUUCUGGAUGAACAUUUGUCAGGCAACGGACUGGCUGUCAAGAACAUAGAACUCUCCUUUGAGUUUCCAUACUAUGGUCAUAUUGUGACAGAUGUAAUUUUAACCACAGGAGGCUUUAUUAAUCUGGGUACAUCAAACAGUCGUCAAAUAGCCAACUUCCAAUAUGUUGCUCCACUCAUGGCAUUCUUUGAUCCUUCCCUCAAAAACACAAGCCAUGUUUAUCAUUUUGAUAAUGGAAAUGAAUUCAUUGUACAAUGGUCUAAUGUAUUCCUUCAUGACAAUCCUGAAGCUGGGGGCUUCACAUUUCAGUGCAUGCUUAAUAGGACUGGUGAAAUUGUUUUUUCCUAUCACAAAAUUCCAAUUCCAGUGGCCAAUAUUUCCAGUGUUGAGCACUCAGUCAAUAUUGGGAUAUCAGAUGCUUAUUAUGUGGACAAACUGAGACACUACUAUGGCAUUUGGCAAAUAUUUCGCACCUUUUACACGUACGAUGCAGUGCACAUCAACAAAAGUUUUGUUGCUAAUAACACUGCCAUUGUUCUUCGUCCCAAGAAAAAUUGUGUUGGUGCCAAAACUUGUGCAGAAUGCAUGGAAGCAAGAAAAACCACCGAGUUCCAUUGCACCUGGUGUAGCACCCUUAAACAAUGCUCCGAUGGUUUUGAUCGCUAUCGCAGCGAGUGGCUAGGAGCGGACUGCAACAAAUCAGACAUUACUCGAGCUGAAAAUUGUGCCAUUCAAAAGGAAAAGCAGGAGCAAGAGCGAGAGCAAGAGUCGACCUCAGGCCUCGCUCCUUGGCUUAUAGCUGUCUUCUCUGCAUGCGCAAUAGCACUGGUUAUUCUAGGGGCGUGGCUGGUUUAUGCAUUAACUCAUCCCAACUCUAGAUCAGGAUUGUGUCUCAUUCAGUGCGGCCCUGGAAGGUGUUUCAAGAAAGCGCCGGAUAGGAAUGAAAACCAUUCGCCAACGAAUUCUUCUGUGUAUAACAAGGUCGUCUUUUAAUCCUUUCCAAGAAAUUUUGGACUUUUACAUUAGGAAAGUGUUUGAAUGUCUUAACAAACCAGACGACACGUUUCUGGUCACUUUCGAUGAAACGAAAAACGUUAAGUUUGAUUUUCAUAAAUGCACCGAAAACAAUUUACUUUUCGCUCUUUGAAUCUUUAAGAGCGAAUUGCAUUUGGCUUUGACUGUUUUCAAAUCUGGUUAAAGCUCUUCUACUCCGCUUUAGCUUUCCACUAGUCUUUGCGGUCGUAUCAAAAAUUGUCUAUUGUUAACCUGUAUUUUUUACCUAUCAUCCAUUUGUUAAGAGUAAUUUAUAGAUAAUUUUAUGCAUCCAGGUUUAUUACAGGCCAGUGAAUUAUAAGCUUGUGUGAAACAUGUUGACUCUUUGACGAAUUCCAGUUGCACCAAUUUCGUUCAUCACUUUUUGUUAAUAGCAAUAUCCAAAUUGUGUCAAUAUCUAUUUAACCUCAAACGCGUCCCUCUGUUUCAGUCAUCCAUGAAACUUGACUUUUUGACUGAAACUUUACUAGUAAUUUUGUGAAUUUUCAAGGCAUAUAUGCAACACGUUUGCACUAGUCACAAGAAUAUUAUUCGCAAUUCUACAACUUGCUGGUACCUUAUACUCUAACAGGGCCAGGUGGUUGUAAAAUAAGAACUGCUUUGAAUUCCAGUGUCUCAGUAGUAUUCAAUCCUUUCUCAAACUCGAAUCUCUGUAAGUUUGGACGAGUGCUAGCUUGAUUUCCAUCAAUGCCAGAUGCACGUUGUUUUAUUGGUGCAACCCCAAACUGAAAGGCCCGGUCGCUUCUCGAAAAAAUCCAUUUUCAAAAUGGAAGACUAGAAAUCUUCGACCUUGGUUCUGCUUUUGUCCUCUCUGUUAAAUACAACGUCCAAUAAGUUUUCCAUCUCGCCAAACUAAUAGUUAAGUAUAAAUAUACUUGAGUUCUAUCACAAUUGCUGCAAUCUGAUUGCCUUUCCUACUCGCCAACUAUUCUGUGAUAGAGAGCGAAGAGAGUAGAAUUACUGCGUGUAGUUGUAAACAAAAUUAGAAUAAAAUAAAAACAUGAGCCUA